AUGUUGGAUGAAGAAAAUGUUUUGGUCAAAUCCUUCCGAAUGGUCAAAGACAAGAUUAAUGAAGAAAAUCAUCCAAAUGUCAGUUUAAGAUUACUUGGCAAGAGAGGUAGGGAUGGGAGAACUUAUAACCUUCCUACUGUUUCCGAGGUUGCUUUGCUUGUGGUUGGUGAUUUUGAUGAAGCUUUGGGUGAUAGAGAUAUUAUUGUUGAAAAACAAUCAGGCCGAUUGCAACGUAUUACGGAACGAAGUCCUUCUUAUCUUGCACUUCAGUAUCCACUUCUUUUUGCUUAUGGUGAGGAUGGUUAUAGCGAAGAUAUUGGUUUUUCAGAUAGUUGCACUUCUUCAAACAAAAGAAAGAAAAUUAGUCUGAAAGAAUAUUUUGCAUACCGGUUGCAUGAUAGACUGAAUGAGUGUUCUGUUAUUUUGUACGCUCGGCGAUUAUUCCAGCAAUUUGUUGUUGAUGCUUAUACUAUGAUUGAGACUGGUCGUCUAAGGUUCGUACGCACACAACAGAAAAAAUUACGGGCUGAAAUGUAUAAUGGUCUUGCGGAGGCUGUUCUUCGAGGUGAGACAAAUGGUUCAAUGCAUGGUAAACGAAUCAUUUUGCCUUCAAGUUUUGUUGGUGGGGCAAGAUAUAUGAUUCAGAAUUACCAAGAUGCCAUGGCAAUUUGUAGAUGGUUUGGUUAUCCAAAGUUGUUUAUUACCUUUACUUGUAAUCCGAAAUGGCCAGAGAUUGUUAGAUUUCUUGGUGCCAAGGGGUUGAAACCGGAUGAUCGACCCGAUGUUGUCUGUAGGAUUUUUAAAGUGAAGUUGGAUAAUUUGAUAAGAGAUCUUAAGACCAACCAAAUUUUUGGAGCUGUGAAAGCAGUUGUGUAUACUAUUGAGUUUCAGAAACGUGGAUUGCCUCAUGCCCAUAUUUUGCUUUUCUUAAGCAAUGAGGACAAAUUACCUCAACCUAGACGCAUUGAUGAGAUUAUUUCUGCUGAAAUUCCUGAUCCAGCAAUUGAUCCUUGCUAUUAUGAAAAUGUCAAAGAAUUCAUGGUGCAUGGACCAUGUGGUAUUGUUCGUAAAUCUUCUCCCUGCAUGCGUGAUGGAAGAUGUUCAAAAUAUUUCCCAAAGCAAUAUCUUGAUGCCACAAAGUUUGAUGAUGAUGGUUUUCCGGUUUACAGACGUAGAGAUAAUGGUCGUGUUGUUAUGAAGGAUGGUGUGCCCUUGGAUAAUAGAUAUAUUGUUCCACAUAACCGUGCAUUGCUUAUGAAAUACGGUGGUCACAUCAAUGUUGAGUGGUGCAAUCAAUCGCAAUCCAUCAAGUAUUUGUUCAAGUACAUAAACAAUGGUCAUGAUCGUGUUACAACGUCUUUUUUCCAAACUGGUGCGGAUGGUGCUAGGCAGAAUUUGGAUGAAGUUAGUUUGUACUAUGAUUGUAGGUAUAUAUCGUCAUGUGAAGCUGCUUGGAGAAUUUUCGGAUUUGAAAUUCAAUAUAAGGAGCCUUCUGUUGAAAGACUGAGUUUUCACCUUCCGAAUGAACAACAUGUUAUUUUUAAUGAAUCAGAUCCGUUGGACAACGUUCUAAAUCGUCAUACUAUUCAUCAAAGCAAGUUUUUGGGUUGGAUGGAGGCAAAUAAGAUUUAUUCUGAAGGUCGAAAUCUCACUUAUGGAGAAUUUCCGACCAAAUUUGUGUGGAAAACCCAUCAUUGGCAACCUAGAAAACAACGGUUUUCCAUAGGGAGGUUGUUUUAUGUUGCUCCAGGUUCUGGUGAUAUCUAUUACUUGAGAUGUUUGUUGAAUAUUGUUAAAGGAGCUACAUCAUACGAAGACAUUAGAUGUGUCAAUGGGGUUCAAUAUGAUACGUUUCGAGAUGCCUGCUAUGCAUUAGGAUUGUUGGAUGAUGAUAAAGAAUAUGUUGAUGGCAUUAUAGAGGCAUCCUUUUGGUCUUCUGCGCAUUCUAUAAGAUUGUUAUUUGUGAGUUUAUUGACAUCAGAAUCUAUUUCAAGGCUGGAUUUUGUUUGGCGAAGUUAUUGGAAAUAUUUAUCAGAUGAUGUUCAGUAUAACCAACGAAAAUUAAGAAAUGAUGCAGGUUUGAUGUUGGAUGACGAAGAAAUUCAGAAUUUUGCAUUGGCGGAGAUUGAGAAAUUGUUGUUAAAUUUUGGGAAAAGUUUGCGCGAUUUCCAGGGCAUGCCUUAUCCAAGAUCGGAGUAUUUUGAAUCAUUUGACAAUAAGUUGAUUAGCGAUGAGUUAUGUUAUGAUCGUGAAUCUUUAGGAAGAGAACAUUUGGAAUUUCUUACCAAGUUCACUGAUGAACAACUUUAUGUUCAUGAUACUAUUAUGUCAUCUGUCUAUUCAAGUGAUGGAGGAAUGUUUUUUGUCUAUGGUUAUGGAGGUACUGGUAAAACUUUCAUAUGGAAGUCUUUGUCAGCCGAGAUUCGUUCUAAGGGUGAUAUUGUUUUAAACGUGGCAUCGAGUGGCAUAGCUUCUUUACUUUUGCCUGGAGGUAGAACAGCUCAUUCUCGAUUUAAGAUUCCCAUCAUUGUUAAUGAAGAUUCUAUGUGCAAUAUAAAACCAGGGAGUGCACUUGCUGAACUGAUUGUAAGAGCUAAGCUUAUCAUAUGGGAUGAAGCUCCGAUGAUUCAUAAACAUUGCGUAGAAGCUGUGGAUAGGACUUUUAGAGAUAUUAUGCGUGUAUGUAAUGAACAUAGUACGGACAAACCCUUUGGUGGAAAAACAGUUGUUUUUAGAGGUGAUUUCAGACAAAUCUUACCAGUUGUUCCUAAGGGUAGUAGGCAAGAUGUUGUGAAUGCCGCUCUUAACUCUUCAUAUCUUUGGAGGAAUUGCACAGUUCUGAGGUUGACCAAAAACAUGCGACUUUUGAGUGCUGCACCUUCUGAUGAAGUUUCACAACUGAAGGAAUUUUCUUCUUGGGUUGCUUCUAUUGGAGAUGGAGUUGUUGGUGGUCCAAAUGAUGGUGAUGUCACUAUUGAUCUUCCUUCUGACAUUGUUUUGUCUAAUUCUGGGGAUCCUCUUAGAACAAUUGUUUCAACGAUAUAUCCAUCCUAUAUGAAUCAUGAGGACUUGAUGAAAUGUUUGCAUGAUCGUGCCAUACUUGCUCCUACUUUAGAGGUUGUCGAUGAGGUUAACCAAUUCAUGAUGUCGUUGGAUCAGUCUGAGGGUCGAGUUUAUUUGAGUUCUGAUAGUAUCUCAAACUCAGAUUUGACCUCAAAUGGCUUAGCUGAGAUACAUUCUGUUGAAUUCUUGAAUAAGUUGAAGUGUUCAGGUACACCUAAUCAUGAAUUGUUAUUGAAAGUCGGUACUCCUGUGAUGUUGUUAAGGAAUAUAGAUCACUCGAAUAGAUUGUGUAAUGGCACUAGACUGGUAAUUACACGUUUGGGUGAUUAUGUUUUGGAGGGACAAGUAUUGGGUGGCCAUAAUGUUGGUCAUAAAGUUUUGAUCCCCCGAAUGUCUUUAAUACCAUCUGAUCCAAGGUUGCCAUUCAAAUUCCAACGACGACAAUUUCCUUUGGCUGUGUCGUAUGCAAUGACCAUCAACAAAAGUCAAGGACAAUCUCUAUCUCAUGUUGGAUUAUUUUUACGAAAACCAGUCUUCAGUCAUGGACAGUUGUAUGUUGUUAUAUCUAGAGUUACGAGUCGUGGAGGUCUCAAGAUUUUAGUUUGUGGAGAUGAAGAUGAUAAUAGAAGUGAUGCUACUAUUAAUGUUGUUUACAAAGAAGUUUUUCAAAACUUAUGA